AUGUCGCGCCACAAAUUUGUCAAGGCUUUAAACUUGGAUGACGAGCUCGACGAAUAUGAUGGAGCGCUCGAUGAAGAUGUCCAGGAUGAGUAUUCUCCUGAAGAUAAAGAACAAUUACGUCGAGGUACUGUGCAAGUACGGCAAACUCUAGGAUUGGAGUUUCCAGCCAGCGACCGCGAAAUUGAAGAUUCAUUGUAUUACUACUAUUAUGAUGUAUCGAAGACUGUGAACUAUCUUCUGAACCUUGGAAUGGAGAUUGCAUCCAGCUAUCCGGUUGUUCCAGUCUGUCGAGUACCAUUUUCAGCCGCAGAAUUCUUCCGUGAUGCACCAUGGCUUAACAUACCUCUGGAAAGGCGAGGAGAGAUUACUGUAGAGCCUUUGCUCCCUCCAUGUCGCCUCCUAGGAGGAUCAUCGAAGGAGGGUAGCGCUCCUCCCAGAUCCAAACUUGCAGCCCUUGCUGCGGCGCGCAAACGGGAAAAUCGAAAUCCUAAGUCGGAUGGUCCAAAGCCAAGCUCUGUAAUCAUUCUGGAAAAGCUGAGCCGGUCGAAACGUUUGUCUGCUUCAGAUGAGCUGGGGACUUCCGAUCAGAGUGUAGACCCGGAAAUCCAAGAGCUCGCACGGGAACCCAAUAUCAAACGAUACCCUGUGCGAUCAAGAAGAAAAUCAACUACCCCACCCGCACAGGAUGAAUCGAUCAAAGUCAAAUCGGCCACAACAAUCGAUACUCAGGAUCAAUCAGUGAACGUUCCAUCCAAGCUUGCGCCCAGUGCACCCCCCUCGAUGUUUGGAACGGCUAUGUUUGCCAUUGAUUCAUCUUUCGAGCGAUGGAACAAGGCGUCUGACGAUCGUCCUAAUCUUCAUCUAUGGCUGAGACUACCUACUAAUCAUGACGCAUUUGCAGGCCCAAGCCCGGAUGAUGUUGUGCUUAAGGCUCAAAGUGCCUCCAAAGGGCCCAAGCAAAGCACCAAACAAAUCAGUUAUACCAAAGGUGCCACCAAAAUUCCCGCGAAAGACGAUCCUGGUGGUGUAACGACAGGCUUAAGCGACGUCAAAGUCGCAGAGGAAGUGCCUAAGAUUAAACGAAAAAAUAUCGAUGUAGUAGCCGAAUACGCCAAAUUGAAGCCCAAGAAAGCGGCAAACUUUGUUGUCAUUGGACACGUUGAUGCUGGCAAAAGCACCCUGAUGGGUCGGCUCCUUCAUGAUUUGAAGGCUGUUGAUCAGAGGACUGUCGACAAAUACAGAAGAGAAGCCGAAAAGAUUGGAAAAGCAUCAUUCGCCCUCGCUUGGGUCAUGGACCAAGGCAGUGAGGAGCGUGCGCGAGGAGUAACGAUUGAUAUUGCCAAUUUCAAAUUUGAGACCGAGAAAACGAAUUUCACCAUCCUCGAUGCGCCAGGUCACCGUGACUUUGUGCCAAAUAUGAUUGCGGGAGCCAGCCAGGCAGACUUUGCUAUCCUGGUCAUCGACGCCAGCACGGGGAACUUUGAGUCAGGUCUUAGGGGGCAAACAAAGGAACACACCCUUCUUGUCCGGAGCAUUGGCGUGCAGAGUGUCAUUAUUGCCGUCAACAAGCUAGACACUGUCGGCUGGUCAAGGGACCGCUUUAACGAGAUUUCGCAACAGCUGACGGCUUUCCUGACUACCGCUGGUUUUCAAUCAAGGAAUCUUGCUUUUGUUCCGUGCUCAGGGUUGACAGGCGACAAUAUAAUCAAUAAAGCUAGCUGUGAAGCUGCAUCCUGGUAUGAAGGGAAGCCACUUAUAGGGCUUCUAGAAGACUCGGAACCCAGUAUUCGUGCCAUUGAGAAACCAUUUCGGCUUACUAUUGAUAAUGUCUUCCGUGGAGGGGUACAAAAUCCAGUCUCCGUAUCCGGUCGCAUCGACGCCGGUACGUUACAAAUAGGCGAUAGCCUACUGAUCCAUCCUGCAUCGCAGACAGCGACCGUCAAACUCCUCGAAGUGGACAACGAGUCGGCGGAAUGGGCAAUAGCAGGACAGAAUGCAAACAUCCACCUAAGUGAUAUCGAUGCCAACUACCUUAGACCAGGUGAUCUGGUAAGCCUACCGUCAGCUCCUGUUCGGAUCACCAAAGCCUUUACCGUGAAAAUCCUUGCCUUUGAGCACAUCAUGCCAAUGCCGUGCGAAAUUCAUAGAGGAAGGCUCUAUGCGCCCGGAAGAGUCGUGAAACUUGAGGCCAUAUUGGACAAAGCCUCCGGUACGCCAGUCAAGGGCAAGAAGCCGAAGCUGGUUAAACCAGGCAGUGUAGCAAGAGUGAGCGUAGAGACGGACCAGGAGGUUCCUCUAGAGAGUGGUAACCGGGUCAUUCUGAGAGCGGAAGGCGUAACUAUUGGGGCAGGCUUAGUAGAAUAG